UGGAUAAAAAAACUUUGCAUCCUACAAUGGAUGAAUAUCAUAAACCACUGCUGGUUAAUGCAACGAUGGUAGAUGAGUUCAAUCAAUGCCUCAUCAAACACAUCAUAAAUCCAUUUAUUUUCCUUCGCGCCCAAGGAAUUUUGCGUUACUGUUUAAUGGGUUUGGGUUCUUCUCUGUCACACUACUUCGUUUCUGCUGUUUCUUCAUCUGAAAAUUCAAUCUGGGUCAAAUUUAAGGUAUAUGAUGGAUUUCUACUCUAGGCCAAUAUCGAAGAGAACACGGUCACUAAAAGCUGCAUACUAUAAACAACAAUAUGAACAGAAAAAGAUAAAUCUAGCUAGUAGCAGCGGUGGUGGUGGUUCUGGUGUUCCUGGUUGUAGUAGUAAGAAGGGGGCUUCUUCUAGUGAAUGUGGUAACAACAAGGGUAGUGAACUGGGAGGUGGUAGUGGGAAUUGUACUGCUGGUCCUGGUCCUUGUAAUGGUGUUAGAAAGGGUGCUUCUUCUAGUGGAUCUGGUGACAACAGCAAGGAUAAUGAAUUGGGAAUUGAUGGUGGUGGGAGUUUAACUGCUGCUCUCAGUAGUAGUGGUAGGAAGGGGAAUUCCUCUAAUGAAUGUGGUAACAACAACAAGGGUUCUGAAAUGGGAGGUGGCAGUUGUGGUGGUGGGAGUUGUGCUGCUGAUCCUAGUAGUAAGGGUGGAAAGGUUUCAUUCGCAAGGGAUUGUAGUACCAACAAGGAUAAAGAAUCAGGAGUCGGUGGUGUUGGGAGACCUACUGCUGCUAUUAGUAGUGAUGGUAAUUGUGUGCAAGAAGGCAUUCUACAGGUGGGAAAUGAGCCUAGAUUAGGGAAACGUAAGAAAGUGUUUGUUCUGCUAGAUGAUGGAGAUGAAAACGAAGAAGAGGAGACGGAGAAAUGGGAUGGAGAGACAGAAAAGUGAUUAUGAGAGAGUAAAGUUAGAACCGUUAAAGACUCAUAGAGAAGAAAGGGAGAAAGAGAGAACAGAAAAAGAAGAGAUUGUGAGAAUAGUAGAAGAGUG